GUACAAUUAUGAAGUUGUCCGUCGCUGUCGUUGCUCUUUCCCUUGUUUUCGCUGCGUCAGAAGUCACUGAAGAAGAUGAUGUGCUUGUAUUAAACAAAAAAAACUUUGAUGAUGUCAUCAAGAACAAUAAGUUUGUUUUGGUUGAGUUCUGUGAGUUGACACAUUUCAUUUCAUUGAUUUAUUUAGAUGCUCCUUGGUGUGGUCAUUGUAAAGCUCUUGCCCCAGAAUACAGUGCAGCAGCUAAAAAGUUAAAGGAUAAAGGUUCGCUAAUCAAACUUGCUAAAGUGGAUGCUACUGUCGAAGAAGAACUUGCGUUCAAACAUGGUGUCAAGGGAUAUCCGACUUUAAAGUUCUUCCGAAACGAACAACCCAUUGACUUUGGAGGCGAAAGAGACUCUGAUGCAAUCGUAAACUGGUGCUUAAGAAAAUCCAAACCUUCCGUGGAGUAUAUUGAGUCGUUAGAUAGUUGUAAACAGUUUAUCGACAAGGCCACCAUUGCCAUAUUGGGCUUUAUCAAGGAUACGGACUCGUUAGAUUUGGCAGAUUUCGAAAAAGUGGCUGACGAGUUAGAUGAUGCUGAUUUUGCAAUAGCUAACUCCAGUGACAUUUUGACUGAGUAUGGUAUCACACAGACACCAAAGAUUGUUUUGUUUAAAAACGUGAGUUCAUUUCUUCUAACGGUUUUUCAUUUACAGUUUGACGACAAUCGUGUUGAAUAUACGGGAGAAACACUGGAAAAUCUGAAGCAUUUCGUACAGGUGGAAAGUGUCCCUCUUGUGUCAGAAUUCUCCCAGAAGACCGCUGGAGUUGUAUUCGGAAGUCCAAUCCAAAAACACAUUGUCUUCUUCCUCUCAAAAUCAACAGACCACUCGGAUCAUGUUAACAAGCUGACAGAAGUUGCAAGACAAUUCAAAGGCAAGCUCCACGUGAUAUACGUCGACGUUGAUGUCGAAAACAACUUACGCGUGUUAGAAUUUUUCGGGCUUUCGAAAAAUGAUGCCCCAACUUACCGAAUUAUCGAACUUGGUGACGAAACAACUAAAUAUAAACCAGAUACUAAUGAUUACUCUGUUUCCGCAAUGUCUGAUUUUGUCCAAAGAACAAUCGAUGGGAAAGUCAAACCUUUCCUUAUGAGUGAAGAAAUACCAUCAGAUCAAACAGGUGCUGUUAAAGUUCUUGUUGGGAAAAAUUAUAACGAUGUGGUUAAAGAUAAAUCAAAAGACGUGUUUGUCAAACUGUAUGCUCCUUGGUGUGGUCACUGCAAGACUCUUGCUCCAGUUUGGGAUGAAUUGGGCGAGACUUUCAAGAACUCAGAUACGGUGAUCGCAAAAAUGGAUGCUACAGUUAACGAAGUUGAAGAUCUUAAAGUUACCAGCUUCCCAACUCUGAAGUUUUACCCCAAAAACUCGGAUGAGGUAUGUAAAUAUUAACCCUAAUAAUCAUUCAACAAAAAAUCAUUUUCACGGCCAGUGUUGAAUGACUUUUUUCCAUUGCAUUUUUCGUUAAGUCUUAAUGUCAUAGGUGGUGAAUCAAAAGCUGCAAUUAAUUCUGUUACCUGAGGUAUUUCGUAAUGCAGUGUGAUCAUUUCUAGCGAAUAUCUUGUUCUAUUCUGGAUAAUAGUUCUGAUGUAUUCACUACAUAAUUACACUCCGUUUUUUUUCGGUUGGUAGUCUUAAGAUUUAGAUUAGUUUUCCCUUUAGGACAUUUCGUUGUUUUCAGUGGAUAUACUGAAACACUCACCUCUACAUAAAUUAAUCUUCGAUACUGUCCAGAACGAUAAUGCAAAGUCUUCAAUGAAACUGUCUAGCUCAGAAAAUUCAAUAACAUCAAAAGCAGCUACCUAGACUUCGAAUCUUCGUUUCAAAAUGUCUGUGUUACCGAACUACAGAUUUUCGUUUCGAGAAUCAUGACUCACAUCUAUAUCUAAUAGCCAGUUACUUCAUAGAUUACCACUAAGUCACCUUAUCAAGAAAAUACCUAGUUUUUCAAAACGUUUUAAAUACUUAAUUAACUUUUAUGUUUUCAUAGCUCGAACGAACUAAAAAUUACUUCUCAUUUUGGAAUUUUCAGGUUAUCGAUUACACAGGUGAUAGAUCUUUUGAAGCCCUGAAAAAGUUCGUAGAGUCUGGUGGUAAAUCCAGUGAAGCAACUAAACAAGAAGAUCAAAUAAAGGAUGAACUCUGAAGUUGUUUCUUAAACGGCUUUAUUUUGCUUUUGUUUUCAUAUCUCUGCUAUAAAGAUCUGUUUUUUUUUCAUUUUAUGCUCAAUAAGCAAUGAGCUUUAGUUUCAUUUGUCCAUUAUUUAGUUGUUUGUAGGCACAUAUUCGUUUAUGAAGUGCUCUUUGACAGUGCAUUUCUGUGAAAAUGUGCCUCAAGUUUUUUUUGUACCAUCUUAAUUGUUUUCCUUUUUAAGCAUUUUUGAAUUCUGCUAAAUUAAACGUGUUGUAUUUAUUUGU